AUGUUUGCUAUUACCAUAUCUGCAUUCUCGCUGGAUCUAGGGCUUAUUGCAACAUCGAUUGUAUUUUUUGGUGGAGGCAUUGCUGGAGCACUUUCACAGGCUCUUGAACGACUACUUUUCAGAGAUGCUCAAGGAAACUUUUCUCUUCAGCCAAUCUGCGACACCAUUACUACCCUUUGGUGCACCACAACGGACUGGAUUCUUCGCCGUCCAUCACAAGACCAGCCAAUAGUGGGAUACUUUUCUCGCCUAUUUUUCCCCACAUAUGCAAUCUGUGGUGCUAGCGGUGGAGCGUUUGCUCUCACUGGUGCAGAAUUCUAUUUAAUCUAUGCAGAAAUAUGGCGUAUACUCACUAAUCGAGAUAAAUUCAAGCGGGAUGCAAGACAUAAAAGAUUAGCAAAUCUGAUUGCGAUGCUUUUUCAGCGUGCACUGGGUGUAGGUGUACAAAUGGCAGCGUUGUUGGAUUUAUUUGGAAUGGGUGCAGAUCGAUCAGUAUUUAGCGACAUGGUACCGCAGAUUGGGCAUAGUGCUCAUGUUGGCGGAUUUUUGUCUGGUGUAGCCAUCAUGUCUGUAAUAGAUUGGGUUUUUUGA